AUGGGAUCGAGGGAAGAGAGACAUAGGCAUAGCCAUGAUCUUGUGCCAUUAGCUGCACUAAUAAGUAGGGAAUUGAAGAUGGAGAAAAUGGAGAAGCCAACCAUUAGGUAUGGGUGUGCAGCUCAGUCCCGGAAAGGGGAGGAUUAUUUUCUGAUGAAGACCGAUUGCCAGAGAAUUCCAGGAAAUCCAUCAACAUCGUUUUGUGUUUUCGGGAUUUUUGAUGGGCAUAAUGGGGAUGCUGCUGCAAUUUUUUCAAGGGAUCAUUUAUUGAAUUAUGUUUUGGGUGCUAUUCCUCAUGGGCUCAGGCAAGAUGAGUGGCUUCAAUCUUUACCUCGAGCAUUGGUUGCUGAGUUUGUUAAAACUGAUAAGGAGUUUCAGAGCAGAGGCAUGACAUCCAGCAUUCAGUUUCCUUUGCAAUGCGAUUCCCGCUGCAUUUUAGAUGCACAGGGUGGUGGUGUCUCUGUCUUGACUGUCGACCACAGACUUGAGGAAAAUGCAGACGAAAGAGCACGUGUGACAGAGAGUGGAGGUGAAGUUGGAAGACUUAGCAUUUUUGGUGGCACGGAGAUUGGCCCUCUCAGAUGUUGGCCAGGGGGUUUAUGCAUUUCAAGAUCUAUUGGAGACAUAGAUGUUGGUGAAUUUAUAGUUCCAGUACCGUAUGUCAAACAAGUAAAGCUAUCAAAUGGAGGUGGAAGGCUAAUAAUUGCCUCGGAUGGCAUAUGGGAUGCAUUGUCAUCAGAAAUGGCAGCAGAAUCUUGUCGUGGAUUGCCCGCUGAACUUGCUUCUAGGCUAGUAGUGAAGGAAGCACUGAAGAAAUGUGGACUGAGGGAUGACACAACUUGUGUAGUUGUUGAUAUAAUUCCUCCUAAUUGUACAGUGCAGCCUCCUCCACCCAAGAAAUAUAACAAAUUUCAAGCCUUGUUCUUCAGAAAAAAAUGUUGCAAAUCUGCUCAUAAACUAUCAAAGAAGCUAUCCGCUGUGGGUAUAGUAGAGGAAUUAUUUGAAGAAGGAUCAGCAAUGCUUGCUGAGAGGCUGGGUAACGAUGAUUCCAAUGGUCAAACAUGUGGCCUUUUCGUUUGUGCCAUUUGCCAAGCUGACCUCACUCCAAAUGAAGGAAUAUCAGUUCAUGCUGGUUUCAUAUUCUCAAUGAGCUCGACUCCUUGGCAAGGACCUUUCCUUUGUACUGACUGCCAUGAUAAGAAGGAUGCCAUGGAAGGAAAACGGCCAAGUGGAGUUAAAGCAGCAUAG